AUGGUGGCUUCCAAACUUCCUUUGUUAGAGGAACUUGAACUUUCUUGCAGUGCAUACACAACUGAAGCUCUUGAAUCCAUCGGCAGGCACUGCCCUCUUUUGAAGUCACUGAAACUGAACAAGCGACAUGAUAUUCCAUAUGUCCGGGACGGGUGUAAACUUGCCCAACGACACCACCAUUAUCAGGUUUUUGGAAGUAAGAAGAGUAGCAAGGGAUUACAUGAUGAUGGUGAUGCACUUGCUAUAGCAGGAACAAUGCAUUGUUUACAAAAGCUCCAGAUAUUUGGAAAUGAGGUGACUAACAUGGGAUUACAAGCCAUACUUGAUGGUUGUCCACGUCUUGAGUCACUUGAUCUGCGUCGUUGUUACAAUCUUAAGGUGGAAGGAUAUUUAGAGUUGAGAUGCCUUCAACGAAUUAAAGAGUUGCGGCUUCCUGAUGAUUCUACAGAUGACUAUGAACUUGUUUCCACAGAUGAAAUUGUUUACGAACUAUACCGGACUUCUUAUAGAAAUAGAACGUCUAUAUGA